CAGUGGGUGCAGCAAGGGCGGAUGAGCCAGCUGGACCCGGUAAAUUGUUAUUUACAGUUUCUGGGCUCUUAAAAGAAGUGCUGCCCAGAGUUGUGCUGCUUUCAGGUCUUCAGCAUCUACCAUGAGGGUUCUGGUGACGGUGGUGUCCCUGUUCCUCCUGGGCAUCCAGGCCGAGACUCAUUGGACCUAUUCAGGGGGCAACCUGGAAGAGAGCGACUGGCCAAGGGCGUACCCUGACUGCGGUGGGCAGAGGCAGUCGCCCAUCAAUCUUCAGAGUAAGAAGGUGAAAUUCAACCGGUUCUUGAAGCCCCUGACCCUGAGUGGCUACGGGGAGGAUGGGUUGGAGUUCUCCAUGACUAACAACGGCCACACAGUGCAGAUCGCCCUGCCUUCCACCAUGAGCAUGAAAGACUCUAACGGCACCUUGUAUAAAGCAGAGCAGAUGCACUUCCACUGGGGUGGGGACUUCGCAGAAAUCAGCGGCUCUGAGCACACCGUCGAUGGGAUCAGGCGUGUGAUAGAGAUCCACUUUGUUCACUACAAUUCCAAGUACGAGAACUUCGACGAGGCCAAGAGCCAGCCCGACGGUUUGGCUGUGCUGGCAGUUCUUGUGGAGAUCAAUGAAUACGAGGAAAAUACCUACUACAGCCCUCUCAUUUCUGAGCUGCUCAACAUCCAGUAUACAGGACAAAUAACAACCCUGAAAAACAUUAACAUUUAUAACUUGCUGCCUGGAGACACGUUCCACUAUUACACCUACGAAGGCUCGCUCACCACUCCCCCCUGCACCGAGAACGUCAAGUGGUUUGUGCUUCAAGAUACCGUCAAGCUCUCUAAGACCCAGGUUGUGAAUAUGGAGAACACUAUUAAAAACGACCACAACGAGACCCUUCAUAACAUCUACCGCAAGACCCAGGCCCUCAACGAGAGAGUGGUGCAAGCCAAUUUCCCGGACUUCUUUAGUAAGAAUCCUGACUGGUACUCCUCCAUUGAUGCUGGACUUUAUGAUGAACAUCCCGUGGAUACAGGUCUCGUUGGUCACCACCGGAUAAAGACUGAUGAGAACCUGGCAAACCAUGCUGGACCAAAGAAAAUUAAGAAGAGAAAGCACAAUUAA